UUCAACAAGUGGACGAGAGAGGGAAGAUCGGUGUUCUUCCGACUAGUCGGGCUUGUUAGAUCUAUGUGUUGAUUGUAUUGAUAAUCGCUCGAGUAAUAUCGAAGACACAGGACGAUUUCUGUGUGUUUUAAUCUGUCGAUGUCAAGUAACUGUUAGCUAUGUUUUCUAAUGGCAACUUGCACCUACAUUGUCCUAUAUCCGUAAACUAAAGGAAAGUUAAGUUAAGAUAGUUUGGAGUGUCCCUGCUACACCGCUGAGGAAGGCUGCCAAGCGGCACGGGGCAAGAACCAUGCCCGAGCUUUCCAAGAUGAGGAAGCCCGACGUCAAGGUUGUCAUUCUGGGCGACAUGAACGUUGGGAAGACCUCCCUGCUCCACAGGUACAUGGAGAGGAAAUUUAAAGACACCAUGAGCACCGUCGGAGGGGCGUUUUUCCUCAAACAGUGGGGACCCUACAAUAUCUCAAUUUGGGACACUGCUGGUCGGGAGCAGUUCCACGGGCUGGGCUCCAUGUACUGCCGGGGCGCUGCUGCUGUCAUCCUCACCUACGAUGUGACCAACUGGCAGAGCCUGGCUGAGCUGGAGGAGCGCUUCCUGUCCCUCACCGACACGGCCAAUAAUGACUGCAUCUACGCCAUCGUGGGCAACAAGGCCGACCUCACAGACCCCCAGGCCCAGCUACUAGCCAACCAAGAUGGCCUGACAGAGGACCAGAGAGAGUGGGACAGGGAGAGGACUGGGGAGCCCAGGGUGCCUUCUGCAUGUCCCACCCCUCCAGCCUCCCCAAUCUCCCUGUCAGGGGUGUCAGUCAACAAGCAGGUGAGCCGGGAGGACGCAGAGGCGCUGUACGAGAGGAUCCUGAGAUACAAGGGUCUGGAGGAGACGAACAGCCUGCCUGCUGACAAGAUGUGCUUCGAGACUAGUGCCAAGACAGGCUAUAAUGUGGACACUCUGUUUGAGACAAUGUUCGACAUGGUGCUGCCCUCCAUCCUCAAGAAGAGGACUGAGAGAGAGGGAUCGCCCACCGUGGACCUGGAAGAGUGCAAAGGGACAGGGAAACGGGCCAGGGCCGCCUGCUGCUAGGGAUUAGGGGGAGGUGGGGAGGGA